UCAGUGUCGGGCCGACCGGCAGCGUGUGUAGGUGGUGAGAGAGAGGACCGGACCGGCGUUUUAACCCUCGCGGUUUAUUUCGAACACACGGUUACGCACGGGACGAAACCGGAUAACCUGGGGGGGCCGGCGGCGGGCCGCAUCGAACGUAAUUCCGGCUGUUCCCGGGCCGGUGAACCGAUACCGCGGGACAAAGUGCACCCGGAGAAAUGCUUGAAACCGGUAGCUUCUGCGACACCAUUUUAUCGUAGCACUACCCCGUUACCGUGACGAAGCGUCGGAAGACAAUAGCACGGUUUUUAGGCAAGAAUGGAAUAAAACCGAAGCGGGUUUAGUAAUUGCAGCCGACGUUACUUGGAGAAAAAUUGCUGUAAUCGGAGUAGGAAAUGGAAGUCACCGAAAGGAACUUGCUGUACAGCGACGGAAGUGAUCAGAAUGAGUGCCGGGGAGAAAUAAUGAAGGUGUUUGGUAAUUAAAUUAAGGAGAAAAGUAAACAGCAGAUAAAAAACGGGGAUAUCAAGGUUUCCCUCGUCAACUGUGAGAAUAUUCAACUCGUCGAAGGAAAAGGGUAGUCGCGUUUGAACGGAAAGCAUAUCUACUUUGAAAAUACCGCGCGAAUUGCUUUUUCAAUGAAACAGACCGUUAACAUCAUGAAAAAGAGAAUUAUAUUGACACGAUCGUAUAAAUUCGAAACCGAUCAAUAAUGAAAGGAAAGGAGAAAUUGACUUAAUCAGAUGUUGCGUAAAGUUGAACGAGGAAUCAACGGAACGAAAUGUAAAGAAACAAAUUUGAAACACGAUCGAUGAAAGGGAAGUAUUACAAUUGUUAGAGCUGCAACUUAUGGAAAUUAAUGUUCUAUACGAAUCCCAGUGAAUCGCACGGUGUAAGUGAUAUCUUUUGAAUGUAUCACACAAGUGUCCAGUGAAGUCGCGAUGCAGUGAUCGAGAAUGUACAUUAUCGGAAUUACACAUUAGCGUUUCAAAACGAUUCGAUUGUUCUCUGGAAUAAACCUAACACCGAGGGAGGACGAAAUGGCGAGUCGAAUGAAGGAAUUGUAUAACCAGGUGAUAUUCGAGAGGCGAAUACUCCUCGGUUGCACGAUUCUCGUGGGGCUGUCCGUGUGCAUAUGGUCGGUGGCUAUCGGAACCGAUCACUGGUUCACAAUCGAAGCGCCGGACGAUUCGGGAUUGCCCUUGGGAGACGCUGGCAAAGACGGCAGACGAUUGAUUUACAAACACAUGGGUCUCUGGAGAGGCUGCACGCGAGGUGUGGCGCCGGAAUUCGUGAACUCGACCAACAUGCAGCCUUACCGAGAGUGCAAGAAUCAGGACAUGUUCCCGACUGACAUGCAGAUCAAGAUGGAUCCUGGAUUGAACAGAACUGUUGUCAAUUACUCGAGAACUCAAGUGUCAUUCGCAUUGAUCAGCUUGUUCGUGAUGAUAAUGGGCUUCAGUUUCUCGAUCUACACCUUCCGCAAUCCACGAUACAUGUUCAAGCGACUGGCUGGUGGGAUACAUUUCAUUAGUGCCGCAUGCAACAUGGUAGUGAUACAAGUGCUCCUAUCUUCGAUCGAAUUCGAGAGCAAAUACGUGAAUGCGACGUUCCCAAAGGGCGCGAUCAUGAGGUACGAUUACUCCCUAAUCCUGGCUUGGAUCGUAUUCCUCUGCAACUUGCUGGCAGGAUGCGCUUUCAUGCUGUUCUCGAGGAAGAGGAAGCGGGACAAAGCACCGACAGAGGAGAUCGCAAUGGCUGACGAGCCAACCAUCAUCGGUCGUUGAUUCGUGUCUCCAUUUUUAUCAUUUCCGCCGAACAGAGACUCUCGUAUGUGCCAGACAGAAAGGGAAAAAAGAAAAUAUUGUGAUCCAGGUGGCACAACGGUCAGAAGAAAAGACAUGUACUUACUCGCGUAUUGUACGUGAAAAGACAAUCCGUUCAAAGACUCUGGCCCCGAGCAGGAAAUCGAUCGUCUACUUCGGAUCUAUCGUGAAUCAUGUUGGCUGAUUGCUCGCGCACGUUUCGCGCGUCUUGUGAUCAUUAGAUAAGAAACUUGGGACAAGAAUGUCAGCGCACUGGCUCCAUUUUGAUCGUUGGCUGAUUUUCAAACAAAAUUUGUUAUUCAUUGAUUUUAUUCAAUUCAUUAUUCAUUUUUUUUUUUAAAGGUAUUUAUUAUUCUUUCUUGUGUAGUUCUAUAAAUUCUUUUCUAAUUGGAAAUCUUUAAUCGAUGAAUUAUACUUUUCACUUUGCACCUCUUUAAAAGUGCAAUCUUCUUUUCUCUUUUCUUUCUAUCUUCCUAGAUCGCAGUGCAUUAUGGACUUUUAGUAAUCACCUAAAUUUAUACUCAAACAAGUUUCAUUAAAGAGACUUUGAAAGACAUUUUCAUUAUGUUUCAAUUUUCAUCGUGUUUAUGGCGCUGCGUGUCAGCUGCUCGCGGUCGACGACUCCAUAAUCAUUUCAAGCACCUGAAUCGAUAGUUUUACGUAAUACUUUAUCAUUAUAUUUUUUCUGUAAUUCGGCAAUUAUUAAACGACAAUUAUGGUAAUGCUACUUAGAGAUCUUUUUACAUUAGUUUGAACUUCAUUCUACUUCAAAUAGAAUUGAGCAGUAUUUUUAAAGAGUGUCAAAUUAUUUCAUCUAAAUUUCAUUUAAAUAUUGUUCUUCAUUAAUAUAGUUUAACGAUGUUACAGACAUAAAAGUAUAAUUAUUCAUAACAGGAUUUUUUCACCCGAGCUCUUCAUGUAAUUAAUGAAAUGGAGAACGUGAGUGCACUGAGAUUCUCCAUCCCCCCUCCACCUCCCCCAAGUGAUUCAACUGUCUCUUACAAUAUCGUAGCGUCGUAUUUCUCUAAACUAAUUGAUAAUCACAUACUGUCCAAUCGAUUCGCUACGAAUCAUCAAAAAUGAAGGAAAUACUUAAAAAUCCCCCGACUAAGAAGAAAUUCUAUUUUUCUACAUCAGAUUGUCGAAAUUUAAGAUACUAUCGAUCGGGACCAUUCAAUAUCAAUCAAAAGAUUUCGGUUAUUUUUCUCUGUCGACGCAUCUGUGACUGUUCCCUUUCGGAAUAAACUUCUAAAGAGAAUAUUUGCUUGAAUCUAGCCUCACACUGAACAAAACUACGUCCAUUUAAAAAAAAUGGCAACUUCGAACUUAUACAGAAUUAAAUAAAAAGAUAAUGAAUACAUUGUAUACAUUUUUAAGUGACGAGUAACUCGGUAUAAAUAAUUGUUCCUGUUCUUGUAGUAUCAUCUAUUAUCACAAUUGUUACAAUAAUUAUUAGGUCUACAGGAAAGUUCGAUCAUUCUACAGAAACGGCACAAAUUACUUUCACGUUGGUAAAAAGGUCAUUAGCGAUGGAAAUAAUAUUAUUCGGUAAAUAUUAAGAAAUGAAUUGAAAAUGUAUUUUCUUUUCAUUGAAAAUCGGACAGAAUUUUCCGGUAGAUCUAAUAUUAUCAUGAUUAAUGUUGCUUGUAUAAGUCAGAAUGCGUUAAAGGCAGGUAUACCGAAUCUAAUCCCCAACAAACGUUCCGUUCCGGGUCAAGCAGGGUGCAACUGCGUGUGAAAGUUAAAAAUAACUCGAGAACACUCCAUGGGAAUGUAUAACUAAAAUACAGUAGUUCAACUCCUACGCUAAAUAAGUUUAUUAGGAAUUAACUGCUGUGUUGUACGAGAAUCACUUAUGUAAUCGCGACUCGAUUGAAUCAACGGUUCGUAAAUAGGCUGCAGAUGUUUAUGCACUUAUAACCAGCAUAACAAUUAGACCUCAGUACAGUAAGAAACUCGACAUAGUUAAAUGAAAUUUUUAUUUCAUUUGAAUCUUAACACUACAACUACCGAGCCUGUAAUACAAUUAAUCCCUUGACGAGUGUAGACAUAGAAUUAGCAUAAGAAAUUGUUCUUUUUCUAAUCGAUUAUUAACGAUGAAAUAACUGUACUGAUCAUAAUUAAGAUAUAAAUCAUAGGGCAAGAGGUUAAUGUGUAGUCCACAUAAGAAUUAAUCGUUAUAAAUCAUAGUCAAUUAUAAAAAUUAUAAUAAUAGGUUUCUUUCGGUUCCUUCGUAUUCUCGAUGUAGCAUUCAAGUGAAACUGUUCGUCUCUAAAAUCACUUGAGAUAUUUAACACUUUAGAAAUACCAAUAAUCGUUGGAUGAAACAGUUGGCACCCGCCAUUUUUUCGGGCGCGGUAGUUCCAGUGUUGAGAAUGUUACAAAUUUAUUUAAUCUCUAAUUGCUACGAAUUUCUAUGGAAAAAUGAAUCGUUUAUAAUUGCAUAAACAUACGCAGUCUAAUUGCCAUAUCUUAAAGGUCUUGAAAUACGUAGAAUCUUCCUCUAGUAUUUGAUACCGACGCCAUUUUCUACGACGCGAUAUAGAUUUUAAGAAAAUUACCGAAUAAUUAAUAUUCCUGUCCUUCGUAUAAUGUCCCGAGUUGGGGAACAAUUUCGGCGGUACAAGAUGCAGCCGGAAUCUCGUUGCUCGAAUUACGAACACAGCACGCAACCUCGAAACUUCGGUAAUUUGCACUUUUGGGGGAGCGGGACGGUUUCAUCCCAAUGAUUUCAAAGGGAAAUGUACUUUCACGAGAAUACAUUGCCACGUUUCUCAAGGAAGAUAAUUAUCAUAGAACUAGAUUUGAUACCGAGACAGUGAAUAUUUUUAUCCCGAUAAAAUCUGCGAACACAGUUUCUUGAUGAAGUGCAUUUAAUUUUGAAUGAUCGGAUCUAGAGAAACGUCCAUUGAAUUCGUUUCAUUCGUGCGAUUCGUGAAAUUUCGUUUCAACGAUGAAACUGAUUUCAUACGAAGAAGUAGACCAUUUAUUUAACACCUUCGCUAACAGCGUCGCGUAUUCGCGACGAACAAUGUUUCACGUUUCGUGCAAAGAAGGGUAAAUUACAAUUUACCUGUGUUUUCAUUCGUAAGUAUCGUAACGCAUGAUAUCAGGCCGUGUAAUAUGAAAUGUCGGAUUUUUCUUACUUGUAAAUGAUUGUACUCCUGUUGUUAUUCCUUUGUUUUUCAUAGAAGAUUAUCAGGGUAACUUUUAGCAAAAAAUAUUUUCCGAAUUGUACAUAAUAACUGUUUCUUGUAAAAAAACUUGUUCAAACUUGGAAAUACCACUGCGAAAACUGCUCGAAAUAUAAACAUAGCAUUUGAGAACAAUAUUAUGAAUAAAAGAACACCGCAGAAUGGAUUUACAAAAUUUUCAAUGAUAUUUCUUUGCAAAAUAAGCCGCAUGGUAAACUUGAAACAAUUUAUAACAAUGUCUUUAGAAUUCAUUAAUUCUAAACAUUCAGAAUUUUUCAGGAAUAUAUUCAUUGAAAACACGCUUGCAGAAGUAUAUCGAAUCGAAUAGAGCAUACUUUCGUUUAAACGUCGUUUAGAACAUCAAAUAAGAUUUCUUUUUUCCCGCAAAACUCGACAUUUUAUAUUACACUACUGAUAGAAUGUGCAAGAAAUCGAGGAGAUUCUGUUUCUAAUUAUUAUCUGUAUUUUGCAAAGACGAUACGUUUAAUUUAAUAAAACACUGUAACCUCGAAGACUGUUAUUGAAAGAAAUGCUGAUAGCGAAUGAGUUAAACGAAGAAAUUCUGUUCAAGGGAAGCAGCUUUGAGACCUUAACAGGAUCGAAGCAACUACCGAUUGGACUUGAAAGUUUAGUUAAUCCUGACACCAUGAUCGUCUAUAGUACAAUGCCCAUACGGUUAAGACAGUUAUUAUUUGCUCUUGGAGGAGAGUCAAUAAAAUCGAAGUAUUUCGCACCGAGCUAUCAAGAUGUCUUGAUAUAAUCUAUAUUUACGAUUCUAGUCAAACUCAUAUCUACACGUGACCGGAGGGAAUUUAUUCCUCCCGUAAGGGAAGCCUGCGAAACAUCGUUCUCCGAAGAAGAUAUUUUGUAAUGAAACUUUAACACGAUUAUACAGUAUGUUUAACAUCCACGUUUUUGAGUCUAGCGAGAUUUGUAGUGAUCGAUACUGUAAUGUCUACACGGUGAAAUGAUCUGUGCUCGCCAUUUCACUGAAAGAAACUAUUUCGACGAUAUGUUUGAGCAUUGUAAAUCAUCGUCAGACUACAGAUGUUUGCACCGAUUCAUAUUUUGAUAGAUUCAUUCGCGAAAACUGAUAUACAGUAGAACCCGCUAUGACGCGAUUAAAAUGUUCGGGGUUUCACGUUUACAAAUUUCGUGUGAAAUUCUCAUUUUGGACACUGGUCCAACUUAUAUUCAACUGUGGAAUUUAGUUUGAAAAAUCUCUCGUUCUGCGCGUGAUAAAAUCAAAAAGUAUAUAUAAUAUAAUAUAUUUUAAUGAAAAACCAAAGCAAAACAAAGGAGAAUUACAUGUUUACCUAUAGAAAUAGAGAAGCAAUUUAUCGUUGAAGCAAUUAGUAUCAUUUCAAGCUUUAAGACGCGUAUACUCGUCAAACGCAGUUAAUUGGUCAGAUUGGUCCUCUGCUUGUAUCAGUUUCUUAUGGAGAAUCUCACUUUCAUAGUUAUCUUUCGACGAUUAAUUAAUGACGUCAUAGGGGGUUCUACUAUAUUAAGACUCGUUCAAUCCAACGAAGUCUAUAUUUUCUGGUUCUUUACACAUCAGAUUCACUGUAUUCGUAUAAUAAAUACGUAUGAACAUCUGGAGUUUGGUUUACUACUAAUUACAAUUGCGAUUCUAGUCAAUCGAGUUACUGAGUUCUUGGGAAUGAGGGUGGUGCCAAUUUUCUCGCGUCCCAGGAAAAUGCUUAGGAAACGCAGGAAUUCGUGGAUAACUGAUCUUCUCAGUUCAUUCUCUGCGUGUCACUCUAAUUCCCACGAUCAUAUUUGUAUGAUACCUACGCCAUUGAACAGAUUUUGGCUCCUGCAAAAGAGAAACUUAGCUGUGUCGCAUAAUCCGAAACGCACGAACUGUUGGCAAAAUAUUCUUACGUGCAGAGGUUCUCUUCGAAAGAGAAUCGAGAAGCGUAAGAAACGUCUGUAAAUAAUAUUAUCUAUGUACAAAUUUAUUAUCUGAAGGGAUUUUGAUUAACUGUCGUUCAGAAAGCAAAUUUUCCUAUGGAGGGACGAUUUCGCUUACACACAAGCAGAUGUACUUACUUACACGUAAUAUUACGGUUUAAAGGGAUGAACGGCACAUUACUGCCGCCAUGGUUAUUUACAUUUACAUGCGAUUCAUUGAACACAUUAUGUUUAUGUAAGUUUCAAGUUUGAUGUUCUUUGAAUUAACAAUAUUGAUGAUGAACGUUUGCUAAUUGCAGAAGUGUAUUUCUCCACUUUCUAAAUUCCGUGAAAUCCGGAAACAAGUAAAUGUAAUUUGCUCGGUUGUAUAUUUAUUCUUAAUAUACGCAUGAAGAGAAAAAUCUUUUUAGUCUAAUAAAGUAAUAAUAGAAUCAAUUUAUUUUCAUGUCACUUCUUGCUCCUUGCGAAGAAUUUUGAUGAAAUAUUUAAAAUGUGUUUAAUUAAUUUCAAUAAUCGUUGAUAAUGUAAUUAUUUUACGUUACACUAUGCUGAUUAUCAGACGUUCAUAUGAGAAUGAAUUAUGCUAAAGUCUGUCUGGUUGAAUGUUCCUUCGCUUUUUGCUUAUGAAAUAUAAGCGGCUGCCCACACGUCCCGAUAAAAGACAUAUAUAGUUUAUAUAUGCGUACGUGAACAUGAAAAUGAUUAUAAUUAUUGUUUUCCACAAUCGAAAUAAAGCACA